AACAAACAAAUACUAGUCACCGUCACGUUCGCUAGAGCAGAGCACGCGCCCACAAAUACGAGUAAAUUUCCACGCUGCGAUUCUGCGAACAAGAAACCCCCACACUUCUCCCGUUCUCCUGGAGGAAGACGACACCCAAAAACUAAGAUUGGGUAGCAAUCGCUUCAAAGAAGCCAAGAGCGAGUCCACUUCGUAAUUCGUCACCUCUGCUGAAAAUUUCACAACACGGCGAAGGAGUCCUUCUUGAGACGGAGGAGCAGCAGCGACAGCGACAGCCAUAGUGAGAAAUUGCAAGAUGGAGGUAUCACUGCCAUUGCUGAUCGGCGUCGUCCUCGCCUUCCUCCUGCUCUUCGUCCUCGUCAACAUCAAGAACUCAUGCCGCUCCUGGUGGCCUCCGCCGGAGAAGGAGAAGAAGAAGCUGCGGCUGCCGCCGGGGCCGUGGCAGCUGCCGCUCGUCGGGAGCCUGCACCACGUCCUGCUGUCGCGCCACGCCGACCUGCCACACAGGGCGCUGCGCGAGCUCGCCGGCAAGUACGGCCCGCUCAUGAUGCUCCGCUUCGGUGCCGUGCCGACGCUCGUCGUGUCGUCGGCCGAGGCCGCCAGGGAGGUGCUCAAGACGUACGACGCCGCCUUCGCCAGCCGCUACCUCACGCCGACCCUGGCCGUCCUCAGCCGCGGCGGCCGCGACAUCCUCUUCUCCCCCUACUGCGACCUGUGGCGCCAGCUCCGGAGGAUCUGCGUGCACGAGCUCCUCAGCGCGCGCCGCGUCCAGUCGCUCCGCCACGGGCGCGAGGACGAGGCGGCGCGCCUCGUCCGCUCCGUCGCCGCCGAGUGCGCCGCCCGCGGCGGCGCAGCCGUUGUCAACGUCGGCGAGCUGAUCUCCCGCGCGGUGAACGACUCCGUCGUGCGAUCCGCCGUCGGCGCCCGGUCGGCGCGGCGCGACGAGUUCGUGCGCGAGCUCGACGAGUCGGUGAGGCUCUCCGGCGGGUUCAACCUGGCCGACCUGUACCCGUCGUCGUGGCUGGCGCGCCGGCUCAGCGGCGCGAUGCGGGAGACGGAGCGGUGCAAUCGGAGCUUGAUGGCCAUCAUGGACGACAUCAUCCGGGAGCACGGCGACGGCGAGGAAGACCUCCUCGGCGUACUCCUCAGAUUGCAGAGGAACGGCGAUGUGCAGUGUCCCCUCACCACCGAUUUGAUCACUAACGUCGUCUUGGACAUGUUUGCGGCUGGGAGUGAAACCUCGUCUACGACACUUGAGUGGGCCUUAACAGAGCUAGUAAGGAACCCACACAUCAUGGAAAAGGCCCAAUCAGAGGUGCGGGAGAUAUUUAGGGGAGAAAACAAGCUAACAGAGGAAAUGAUGGACAAGCUAAGCUACCUCCGCUUGGUGAUUCGGGAAACACUCCGACUACAUUUACCGGUACCAUUCCUUCUUCCUAGGCAGUGCCGUGAGCCAUGCUCGGUUAUGGGCUAUGACAUACCAGUGGGAACUAAAGUGCUUGUGAACGCUUGGGCCAUAGCUAGGGACAAUCAGUAUUGGGAUGAUCCCGAGGUAUUCAAACCAGAAAGGUUCGAGAACAAUCGUGUCGACUUUAAGGGUAUAGAUUUCGAGUUCAUUCCUUUCGGUGCUGGGAGGAGGAUAUGCCCUGGGAUUGCACUUGGGCUUGCCAAUAUAGAGCUCAUGCUUGCCAGCCUCCUAUACCAUUUUGACUGGGAGUUCCUCGAUCGAGACAGGAAUGACGAGAUUGACUUGUCCGAGACAUUUGGUAUCACUGCAAAGAGGAAGUCGAAGCUCAUGGUGUAUGCUACACAACGUAUUCCAUGUUUGGGUUAACUGUUUUGUGUAUGUGAACUCUUGCAUAACUAGGCACGUUCUCCAUGCUCUUAUGGCUCCUCUUUAUCUGGUAGACUAAACUUAAUUCUCUGGUUACUUAUAGAUAAUGUCACCCUAGGGUGAGUGAUGUGAAAUGUAUUGAUUUGAACUAGAUAGUACCAAAAAUAUGUAAUUUUGAUAUAUGAUAAAAGUGUGCACCAUUUUAUGAUGACAAUUAAUUAUUUUGUAAGUAUACCUCUCUCCGAAUAAAUCUAAACCUGUGUAAAUUAGUA